UGGCAGUGAAAUAUUCAGGAAGCAGGAGAGAGAGAGAGAGAGAGAGAGAGAGAAUGGCGAGGUGGUAUUUUAUGGUUGUAGUACUGGCUCUUACAAUUCUUGAUGCAACUGCCAGGAAUGCUCCUGGUAAAGCCGGUGCUGGUUUGGAUGACCAGAAGAAUUUUAUUGUAUACGGUGGUGUUGGUGGCGUUGCCGGAGUUGGAGGAGCUGGUGUAGGUGGAGGAGUUGGAGGAUUGGGUGGAGUUGGUGGAUUGGGAGGACUAGGCGGUGGGGGUGGGCUUGGCGGAGUUGGUGGGCUCGGUGGAGGAGUUGGGCUCGGUGGAGGAAGUGGGCUUGGUGGAGGAGGUGGGCUUGGUGGUGGAGUUGGUGGGCUGGGAGGAAUUGGUGGUGGUGUAGGCGGUUUGGGAGGAAUUGGCGGAAUUAGUGGCACUGGGCUUCCUUUUGCUGGGGUAGGAGGCAUUGCUGGGAUGACCGGGCCUGGUGGGCUCGGUGGUGGUAGUGGGCUUGGUGGGCUGGGUGGUGGAAGUGGUGGAGUUGGUGGGCUGGGUGGUACUGUUGGUGGCGGUGUUGGUGGUACUGCUGGAGGCGGAGUUGGCGGUGGUGGAUCUGGUACACUCCCACUUCCUUGA